AUGCUGGCUGGUGUGACGGGGGACCUGGACAGUUCCUUACAUCAGGACAUGACCAAUCUCUGCGAUUCUCCAGACGUGAAUUUUCCACCAGAUUAUGGGCCACUCGACCCUCAUUCUAAAGGAUUGGCGACGCUCUAUUGCUUCAUAGCCGGCGCAGGACCUGGUGAAUCCACCGGUUUAGCAGCUCCCAUUAAUUGCUGGUGCAUGAUCAAUGAACUUCAAUCUCAAACUGAUCAGAAUGUGGCUGCCGGCCCCGCAGCGUCCUAUCGACCAGGGCACGAAAAGACCAGCCCGUCCGACACACAAAGUUUCCGUCCCGGGAGACCUAUUGCUAUGAGAAGUCUCAUGGCAGGUUGA